UUGUGGGAGCGAAGCGGUAGCUGGGCUGCUCUUGGAUCCCUCGCUGCUUCGGUUUCCCUGUUGGAAGAGAAACCAGACCGGGCUUCCUAGCAGCGGCCUAGCGGAGAAAUAAGAAAAGAUGUCUGAAUAUAUUCGGGUAACCGAAGAUGAGAAUGACGAGCCUAUUGAAAUACCAUCAGAAGACGACGGGACAGUGCUGCUGUCCACGGUUACAGCCCAGUUUCCCGGGGCAUGUGGACUGCGCUACAGGAAUCCAGUGUCCCAGUGUAUGAGAGGUGUCCGGCUGGUAGAAGGAAUUCUGCAUGCCCCCGAUGCCGGCUGGGGAAAUCUGGUAUAUGUUGUCAACUAUCCCAAAGAUAACAAAAGAAAAAUGGAUGAGACAGAUGCUUCAUCAGCAGUGAAAGUGAAAAGAGCUGUCCAGAAAACGUCUGAUUUAAUAGUGUUGGGUCUUCCAUGGAAAACGACUGAACAGGAUCUAAAAGAAUAUUUUAGUACCUUUGGAGAAGUUCUUAUGGUUCAGGUCAAGAAAGAUAUUAAAACUGGCCAUUCAAAGGGGUUUGGCUUUGUUCGUUUUACGGAAUAUGAAACCCAGGUUAAAGUAAUGUCGCAGCGACAUAUGAUAGAUGGACGGUGGUGUGACUGUAAACUUCCUAAUUCUAAGCAAAGCCCAGACGAGCCUCUGAGAAGCAGGAAGGUGUUCGUCGGGCGCUGUACAGAGGACAUGACCGCUGAUGAGCUGCGUCAGUUCUUCUGCCAGUACGGAGAAGUGGUAGAUGUCUUCAUUCCCAAACCGUUCCGGGCCUUUGCCUUUGUUACCUUUGCAGAUGAUCAGGUUGCCCAGUCUCUUUGUGGAGAGGACUUGAUCAUUAAAGGAAUCAGCGUACAUAUAUCCAAUGCUGAACCUAAGCACAAUAGCAAUAGACAGUUAGAAAGAAGUGGAAGAUUUGGUGGUAAUCCAGGUGGCUUUGGGAAUCAGGGUGGGUUUGGUAACAGUCGAGGGGGUGGAGCUGGCUUGGGAAACAAUCAGGGUAGUAAUAUGGGUGGAGGGAUGAACUUUGGUGCCUUUAGCAUCAAUCCAGCGAUGAUGGCUGCAGCCCAGGCAGCGCUGCAGAGCAGCUGGGGCAUGAUGGGCAUGUUAGCCAGUCAGCAGAACCAGUCGGGCCCAUCAGGUAACAACCAGAGCCAAGGCAACAUGCAGAGGGAGCCAAAUCAGGCCUUUGGUUCUGGAAAUAACUCCUAUAGCGGUUCUAAUUCAGGUGCAGCAAUUGGUUGGGGAUCUGCAUCAAACGCAGGGUCUGGCAGCGGUUUUAAUGGAGGGUUCGGCUCAAGCAUGGAUUCUAAAUCUUCUGGCUGGGGGAUGUAGACAGUGGGGUUGGUAGAGACUGGUGGGAAUUCAAAUUUUUCUAAACACAUGGUAAGUAUAUUGUAAAAUACAUAUGUACUAAGAAUUUUCAAAAUUGGUUUGUUCAGUGUGGAGUAUAUUCAGCAGUAUUUUUGACAUUUUUCUUUAGAAAAAGAGGAAAAGCUAAAGGAAUUUUAUAAGUUUUGUUACAUAAAGGGUUGAAAUAUUGAGUGUUUGAAAGUGAACUGCUGUUUGCCUGAUGGGUAAAAACCAACACACUACAAUUGAUAUCAAAAGGUUUCUCCUGUAAUCUUUUAUCCCUGGACUUGUCAAGUGAAUUCUUUGCAUGUUCAAAUGGAAACCAUUGAUUAGAACUACAUUCUUUCCUCCUCGUUUUAAUUUGAACCCCACCAUAUGGAUUUCUCCCUUAGAAAAUCUCCUUUUUGGAGAUCAUGGUGUCACAGUGUUUGGUUCUUUUGUUUUUGUUUUGUUUUUUUUAACACUUGUCUCCCUUCACAUGCAAAAGUACAAUACGAAGCCUUCAUUUAAUCUCUGCAGUUCAUCUCAUUUCAAAUGUUCAUGGAAGAAGCACUUCAUUGAAAGUAGUGCUGUAAAUGUUCUGCCAUAGGAAUACUUCUGUCUGCACGCUUUCUCAUUCAAGAACUCGUCAGCACGCUGCACAGGCUGCGUCUUUGACGGUGGGUGUCCCAUUUUUAUCCGCUACUCUUUAUUUCAUGGAGUCGUAUCAACGCUAUGAACGCAAGGCUGUGAUAUGGAACCAGAAGGCUGUUUGAACUUUUGAAACCUUGUGUGGGAUUGAUGGUGGUGCCGAGGCAUGAAAGGCUAGUAUGAGCGAGAAAAGGAGAGAGCGCGUGCAGAGACUUGGUGGUGCAUAAUGGAUAUUUUUUAACUUGGCGAGAUGUGUCUCUCAAUCCUGUGGCUUUGGUGAGAGAGUGUGCAGAGAGCAAUGAUAGCAAAUAAUGUACGAAUGUUUUUUGCAUUCAAAGGACAUCCACAUCUGUUGGAAGACUUUAAGUGAGUUCUGUUGUUAGGUGACCCGCGUUAGCUGAAUGUGUUAAGUGACACGAUACUUGUACCUCCCCCACCCCUUUGUCAACUGCUGUGAAUGCUGUAUGGUGUGUGCUCUCUCCUGUUACUGACCUGUAAGUGUGCUCAUGUGAACUGAAGCUGGUGGCUUGAGAACAUGGACGGAGCUUGUGGCGUGCUUUGCAGGAGUACUUGGAAGCAGAGUUCACCAGUGAGCUCGGGGUGUCGCAAAGAAGGGUGGAGGUUCCUCUGUCUGUUAGCCGCCCAUGAGAAUGCUGUCUGAUGCAGUUCUGUGUCCUGUGCUUGGAUGCUUUUUAUAAGAGUUGUCAAUGUUGGAAAUUCUUAAAUAAAACUGAUUUAAAUAAUAUGUGUCUUUGUUUUGCAGCCCUGAAUGCAAAGAAUUCAUAGCAGUUAAUUCCCCUUUUUUGACCCUUUUGAGAUGGAACUUUCAUAAAGUUUCUUGGCAAUAGUUUAUUUUGCUUCAAAUAAACUUAUUUGAAAAGUUGUCUCAAGUCAAAUGGAUUCAUCACCUGUCAUGCAUUGACACCUGAUACCCAGACUUAAUUGCUAUUUGUUCUUGCAUUGUCCAAAGUGAAAGUGUUUUUUUUUUUUUCUUUUUAAAUCUAGUUUUUAAUAAGUCUGGGUGACCGCACCUAAAAUGGUAAGCAGUACCCUCCAGCUUCUUAUUAGUGCCUCUGUGCAUUUGGGUGAUGUUCUAUUUACAUGGCCUGUAUAAAUCUCCAUUGGGAAUCAUGCCUUCUAAAAAUAUUUGGGCGAGUGGGAAAAACAAUGUUAAUUAUUUUCAAUGCUUUGUAGCAAAGCAUAGUCAAAAAGAAGGGAAUAUCAGCACCUUUCUGGUUCGGGAUUUGAAAAGUGGAAUUAAUUGCGGUAGGGAUAAAGUAGAAGAAACCACAAAUUAUCUUGUGCCUGAAUCCAUUACAAAGCCUGAUAGCUUUAAGAACUAGCAGGGUGGGUUGUCUGUCUGGAAGUGUUAAGUGAAAUGGGCUUUGUCCUCCACAAGUGGGGGAAUAGCGUAAUGUUGAAUAAAAUCGUUUACAAACUCAGAUUAGACUCUAACGACGCAUUGUGAAGUAUGUAAAAGCAAUAAUCUGUUGAUUCUCUGUUGUACUUUUGAUGUAACUACUGUGAGGGUUGAGCUUGUUUUCUGAUGGAAGAAUGAACAGUUUUUGUGUUGGUAGUUUUACCUGAUGCCCUUAUCUGAUUAGAUUAUGAUAAAUAGGUUGGUUUGUCAUUUUGCAAGUUACGUGUUUUAACUUGUAGAAAUGAAGUCGUCCUUUAGACUUGUGAUCGCCACGUUGUUUCGUUAUUCAGUUUCCUCUGUAAAAGGAUCUUGCGUUGUUUUAAUUUUUUUUCUGCAUCUAAGUUGCAUGAUUUCCAAACCCUGUACCAUCUGAAUUUUGCAUUUUAGCACUUGCACUAUUACUCAGCAGCAGUAACAUGGUAACACUUAAAAUGGUAUUCGGGGACCUCCAAAGACUAAACUGACAAGCCUCCAAGGAGCCCGGGGUAAGUUCACUUGUCAAUGGCAUGGUUUUAAUCCCUUAUUUACACUUAUUGUAAACCCGUCUUAGAAGGCUUUCAGUGUGGAGCAGCCUUCUGUUAACAUGUUCGCGGCACCAGUAGCUGCGGGUAUUUAAUUCCACCCUAAAAAAAGAAAAAAGAAAAUGAAGUCUAGAAGUAAACCAUUUCGCAGAGAUUUGUUUUUAAAAGUCUAUUUGGUCAUCUCAAUGCAUUCAUUCUCAAAACUUUUUUGAACCAGUUGAAUAAAAAAUUUGUUGCCACCACAGUUUAGUGUCUGGAGUCUUACUGGAAAAAUACAACUUCUUUUUUGUAUGUGACAAAGGUGAUGGAAAGAUACCUUUAAAAAGUGAGUCUCAAGAAGUUCCCCUUUAACGUGCACAAGAGAAAUUGGGCCAAAACUCACAAUGAAUUUUUACAUGAGUGAUGAUGAUUUGGCUAGAAUGAAAUCCUUUGUUAAAUGUGAACCUAUUAGAACUUCUUAAGGAGGAACAGCCAACGAAAAUGACAUGAGAUUUUUAAGGUUAAGUCGGCUUAAAUUGUGUCCUUAGGAGAAAGAAGAUGUAUGUGAUAAUUAGAAUAAUUUGUUGUUGAGUACUAGGUGAGUAGCUCUUACUUGUGUAUGAGUUCUAUACUCAGCUAUUGUAUGAUUUGUGAUCCGUUGUUCGUUAAGUGUGCCCAAGUAUUUCCAUGUUCGUUGUAAGAAGGAAGAAAACCCUAUAGAUUUAUCUAUAAUAACACCACCUAAUUCUAAUGUAUUUCUUCUUAAGGAAAUGGCACAUUCGAUUCAGCGCUUUUCUGUGUGUGGACAUUAUUUAGUCUAUUUUCAAGUGCCAGGAACAUCCUCACAGCUAAAAUAAAUUCUUAACAUUGGAAUUACUAGGUCAAAGAUUAUGCAUGCUCUCAAGGCUUUCCAAAUAUAUUGCCAGAUUGUCCUUUAGAAAAUGUGUGUUGUCUUUGACAAUGUGAAAUAGUGCUAUUCCAUGUUCUUUUUGUCUGCCAAUUUGGUAAGUGAAAAAUUAGAUCUCACCAAUCUGUGGUAUUGGUUUUUAAACAUGGGAGUCAGCCAGCACCUAAGCCGAAGUUAUCGAUGUGUCCAGUUUAUUUGCAAAAAAAUCAUGAUUCAGUGUAUCCCUGAGCCAGUAUUGCCAUAAUACAUAAAGCUGUGUUCGAGAUCAGUAAGAACAAGCCCCCACGUGGUGGAAUAGUCGUCAGAGAACAUGAACAGGCAAUUCGUAGGAAUAUAGAUAACCAUUACAAAACGUACUGGACUUUGUAAGUCAUGAAAUGCAGAUUUAACCAGCGAGUUUCUCUUGGAUUGGCAAAGGUGAUCCCACCUAAUCGUCUGUGUCCCCUUGAGUCAAAGAGUAAGAGGCGAAAAACCUGGCGAGUGAGAAGCGCCCGGAAUGGGUCUGACCCGUGGUGUGGCGGUGGUUUGGGGGUUAGAGCGACAACUGAUGUGUUCGUGUCUCUCGGGCCACAUGGCUGCUAAGACCCUUUACAGGAAUUUUUAAAACUAAGGAAUCAUUGAAGACCUACAAAUUAAAAAUUGUUAAUGAUGUUCUUGAUCCAGGGAAUAUAGUUAAUAACUUUGGUGUAGACUCCAUACUGAUUUGCUUCCCCACAAUUAAAGGAACCCCAGGACACUUCCUCCCACAAACCAUCUCUGUGUCUCAUUAUCUUGAAACACUAACGCCCCCCCACUGUCCCCUCUACAGCUGUCCUUGCCCCCACCUUCUAAGCCAGCACAAAACAUGUUCUCCGUUACCCUCCCCCCUGAUAGGAGUGCUGCUCAUACGCAGCAGUACAUUUCUGAUGGUCGACAGUUGGUAUGUCAACAAACAUUAGAUU